AUGACGCAGGGUCUUAACAACAGACCAGGAAUUUGCAGCCCCCUGGUGGGUCAUGAAGGUACUGCAGGUGUUGGCUGUGAGAGAAUCAAAAGAAUUCUGGUGAUAAAGAGUUCUUUUCCUUUCAGGUACCAGGUGUACCCAACCUGCAGGAACACCUCAGGGGUGCUGGGAUUCUCUGUCACCGUGGAAACACAGGCCACCAAGUUCAGCACAGAGUUUGUGGAGGCGAAGAUCGAGGAGUUCCUUGUCAGCUUCGGCGAGUGUUUGUCGGGUCUUAGCGAGGAGGCGUUUAAAACGCAGGUGACCGCUCUCAUCAAGCUGAAGGAGUGCGAGGACGCUCACCUGGGAGAGGAGGUCGACCGAAACUGGUUUGAGGUCGUCACGCAGCAGUACGUCUUCAAGCGGCUCAACAAAGAGAUCGAGGCCCUGAAGGUCUUCAGUCAGGGGGAGCUGGUCUCCUGGUUCAUGGAGCACAGAAACGGCAGCAGUAGGAGGCUCAGCGUGCACGUGGUCGGUUUCGGCGUGGAAGAGAACGACCCGCCUGAGCAGAGUGUCUGCUGCAGCCAGGACAGCCCCGACUCCCCCCCCUCCUCCUCGGCAUACGGGGAGGUGAGCGAGCUGAACUUCCUGCCUGCCUCCUCGCCGGCGCUCCAGGACGUCACGCUCAUCUCAGACAUCAGAGCGUUCACCUCAUCCCUCCCCCUCCACCCAUACCACAAAAUCCUCAGCUAGGUCCGGACGGACGGUGAAGGUGAAGAACGCCUCGUUCACUCUGUCAGUGUGUCGGGGAAAAUAAAGUUACCAUUGAAACA